GGUAUGCCCCGUCGAGGCUGCUUCCCUCGCCUCCCGGAGCCCUGCUUGGCUGCUCGCGCGGGCUCUUUCCCUCCGCUUGCACGCCUCGCAGCGGUCCACCACGACCGGAUAAUUUCGGAGGCCGAAGCUCCAGCGUGCACCCGUCGUGCGCAGAGCCACUCUUCCAGGCGCGCCCGCUGGUUCAUCAGGGAGCUUCUCGAGUUGUUUGGUAAACGCUUUUCGGGACACUUUUCCUGGCGAUGGCACGCUGCUGGCUCGCUAUCGCAUCAUGUGUGAUCGCGGUGCGAGUCGCGGCGAUGCGCCGCUCGACAUCAACAACUCAACGGAGCAAGCGGCCGCACCUGAUUCAUGUUCUGGUGGAUGACUGGGGGUACAAUGAUAUAGGCUUUCGUGACAAGUACCUCGCCACACCGAGGAUGGACAGCCUCGCUCAGAGCGGCGUCAUCGUUGAGCAUUUCUACGCCACACCUGUGUGCACCCCGAGCAGGGGUGCCCUUAUGACUGGGCGGAUGCCCUGGCGAUGGGGAAUGGCUGACUUCAAGCCCAAUUUGGACCACCCCUAUGUCGUCAAUUCAGGCGAAGUAUUCCUUGCGGAAGAGCUGGCCAAAAGCGGUCAAUACCGAUCUGCUAUGGUUGGGAAAUGGGACUUGGGUGCGGCAACGAAGAGUGAGCUUCCGUUCAGUAAGGGCUUCGGCGAAUUUACGUUGCUUGGGAAGCCCACGCAGCAUUGGGGGGGCGGUUGCAAUCAGUACAAUUUUGCAUUUUCCAACGUCGAUGUCGUCAGGGAGGAAGGCUUCAAGGGCUACUUCUUGUCAAGCUACGGACUUCCCGCUCGCAACCACACUGUUGACGGUCUCUGGGAUAUUCACGAUGGCGUUCCAUGUCAGGCAGACGGACAUGGAUGCGAUCACCAGAGAAAAGCGUUCUGCAGUGCUUUCGGUGCCGAGUACGACAGCACUUCUGAGUGGGUGGCUCCCGAAACACCGCUGUCCAUCCAAAAGCCUGGUACCUAUACGACGGAUGUGUGGUCGGACUUGGCCGUUGAGUUCAUCGAAAAGCACGCUGCUAUGAAUGAUGACAGAGGUCUCUACCUGUAUGUCGCCUUUACAUCCGUCCAUGCCCCUGUUCAAGCUCAUCACGACGAUGUCUAUGGCACAAGGUGCGCGAAUUACCCAGAAGCUGGGAAAACGCCACAAUUCACUGAGGAGACUGCUGAGGCUGGGAACACCAAGGCUGCUGCGGCCUACCCUUUCAAGCAAUGCGCCGAAGGAUUUCCUGGGCCGUGUGCAAAUGAUGGAAACUUCAAGAGGAAGGUGCAAUGUGGUGCGAUCCAUGCAGUUGACCGCGCUGUAGGAAAGAUCGUUGAUGCUCUGCGAAGUGCUAGCAUGUGGGAUGACACCGUGCUCAUGGUCAUGGGCGACAAUGGCGGUGCCAAUGAUGACGCUUCGCUGAACUUCCCGUAUUAUGGCGGCAAGAACACUGGUUGGGAGGGCGGCUUGAAGGUUCCAGCUUUCUGGUCAGGAGGUUUCUUGGAGCAGUCCUUGGUUGCCAGCCAGCAGAGUCCUCACACCAGCUCGAACUUAAAUUUGCUUGUCGACGUACAUGCCACAUUUGCCAGCCUCGCCCAGAUCGAGCCUGAAAAGAAGAAGCAAUCCGAAAACGAUUCAUUUCGCUUCGCGGGAUGCAUUUCUGCUUGGACUGCCUCUCUGC